CAGGGAUCCUUUCUCCUCUCCAAAGUUCGAAAACGAGUUCAGCCUCAGCGGCUUCAGGCCGCAGCUGGAUUAUAAAGCAUAGCCACUGUUAGUACACCUGAAAUAAAUAUUAAAAUGACCCUCAGCAAUAAGUGACUCACCAUGUGAUGCCAACUUGGUGUAAAUUUCAUUGCACUCCCUUUGUGAAGAGACAAACAUGCAAGAAACCAACACACAUCGCCCAGACUGAGGAACCGUGGAGUCGCCUCUACGAUAGAGCAACGUUGGCCAGCACCAGACGCAGCGUUAUGUACGACGAGCUUCAGGCUCCAUGCGACAGCCUCGACCUCCAUCUAAACUCAGUCUAUGAUCACAACAAGGACUUCUUCUAUAAAAAGAACCAGACUUUAUAUCAGAGGGAGACCGUGUCUGAGGACCUCAGGAAACAGGAAAACGAAAAUCAGGACCCUCUGCAGAAGAAACAAGAGGGCGAUAUCAUCGUGUGGGUCGACCCACAGAGGCGCUCCAUUCACAGCAUCAAGUGAAGCAUGGAAGAAGAUCAGUGAAAAUAAAAUUCCCCACAUUUAUCA